AAGUGGGCAGGCGCUUUUGGUUGACCCAUCGUCGAAAUCUCUCGACGGGUUGGGCGGCGCUGUGCUGCUAACUAGUGUAAUACCGAAAUUACACACACUCACCUGCUCUCCUAUUUGGUCAGCGGAGGGUGAAAGAUCGAGAGUGGGGGAAAACAGGUUAAAAAGGUGCAGACGGUGCAGAAGAAACAAAAAACAAAAACAAACGCGCAAUGACCGUGGCAUCGUAUCAGGAUGGUGCAGCGGCGGCAGCGUCCAAACAGCAGCAACCGGCACUGGAUGCAACCGUCGCCACCAGUCCGGCACAAGUCGAGCAGAAAUUGACCGAGAUUCAGCAGUUUUACGAGCGGACCAGUGUUUUCAUCACCGGAGGAACUGGAUUUUUGGGGAAAACACUCAUCUACAAACUGCUGACCAGCUGUCCGGGCGUAGAAAACAUCUUUCUACUGGUGCGAAGUAAACGUGGGAAAGACAUUUUUUCACGUGUGGAAGAAAUCUUCGACGAUGCCAUGUUCGACAAAAUGAAGGUAGCCUGCCCAAAGUACGAUCACAAAAUCAGAGCGAUUGCAGGCGACUGUAUGCUACCCAGUCUCGGCAUCAGUUCCUCGGAUCGGGAAGUGCUGGUGGAAAAUGUCAACAUCGUGUUCCAUCUGGCCGCCACCGUACGAUUCGACGAAAAGAUGAAAACCGCCAUGCAAAUCAACGUGAAAGCCUGCCGAGACAUUCUGGACCUGUGCUACGAAAUGAAGCACCUCAAGUCCGUCAUCUACGUGUCCACGGCAUACACACAGUGCCCGCAGAAGGUGGUCGAAGAGCGGUUCUACGAACCACCGAUCGACUCGAAGAAGAUGAUCUCGCUGACGGAUUGCGUCAGCGAUACCAUGAUGGAAAACAUCACACCUAUCCUGCUGGACAAGUGGCCUAAUACCUACACAUUCACAAAGGCGAUCGCCGAGGACGUCGUUCGACAGAACAGCAGAGGUAUGCCAAUUGGCAUGUUCCGACCGGGUAUCGUCAUCGCCACAUACCAGGAACCGGUACCAGGGUGGAUCGAUAAUUUCUACGGACCGACGGGAGUGAUUGCCGGUGCUGGCACCGGAGUGCUACGAACGCUCCGAGCCGAUCCAACCAAGGUAGCCAACAUGGUUCCGGUGGAUCUGUGCGUCAACGGUAUCAUCUCGGCGGCGUGGGACAUCGCCGAACGGUUUCGAACAGAAAUCAUGCCCGAUCCGGACAUCCCAGUGUACAACUUUUGCACGGAGAAGAGCAACUGCAUCACCUGGGGCGACUUCACCUACACGACGAUCAAAUUCGGCUCGAUGUAUCCCACCGUUAAGUCGAUCUGGUACCUGUGCUACACGAGCAAUCCGAACAAAGUCAUGCACUAUCUGUCGAUACUGUUCCUGCACUACGCACCCGCGAUAUUCUUCGACGUCAUAGCGCUCUUCAUCGGACGGAAACCAAGGCUCAUGCGUACUUACAAGAAAAUCCACCGCUUCAUGGACGUGAUCGAGUACUUCUCCAUGCGCCAGUGGGACUUCAAGCUGGACAACAUCAACGCCCUGUGGCGGAAGUUAUCCCGGGCCGAUCAGAAGGUGUUCUUCUUCGACAUGCGCCAAAUCAACUGGGAUUUCUUCCUGGAACAGUACUUCUGCGGCAUCCGGCAGUACCUGCUGAAUGAUCCAAUGGAGACCGUCCCGGAAGCUCUCGUCCGAUGGAAUCGUUUAUACUGGCUGCACCAAGCUACCAAGGUGAUUGCGCUUCUAGUGCUGUACAAGCUGGUCUUUACGAUUUGGGGCUUCUUCAGCUAAGCGAUACCGUACUCUUAGUUUCGAAGGAUCGUGUCAUCAACAACACCGUCACCAAGCUCAACUUCAUCCAAAUCAUCGCCCCACGCCGACUAAAUCGUCCCUUAUUCCUUCGUCUUCGAAUUGGCCCCGGCUCACCUGAACUCACAUCCAAUCGGCCAUCACAUACACACUCUCUCUCACACACACACACACAUCACAUAAUACAGCGAGCAGGAGGAAAACACGAAGAGAAGAGAGUAGCGGAUGAUUAGAAGAACCCAUUCAAAGAUUCAUAUUUUGUUAGCUUUAGUACCUUUUUUCUACGGUUAGGCUAUGUUUGUUCUAUAGUGGAUAACCGAGCGCGGACCGGCGAUUCGAUCACUGUGAAUCGAAUUAUUCUUAAGAGAAUUGUGUGACUAUACGUUACUUUUUGUUUGUUUUGUGUUUCGUGGAAAUCUACUUACGAAAUUUAAACCCUGAAAAAAAAGUGUUGCCUGUGUCAUUCCAACUAAAAUUAUGCUCAAGCUAAGUUUACAAGGGAGGAAGUAUAUUUCACAUCUAUUUACACAUGAAAUCUAUCUCUUGGGUGCCCCUGAGUAGGCGGCAAAGGAUACCAUUGACUUCCAUGGUUCUAUCAUCCGUUUAUGCUAAGCGACAACGAUGAGACAAACAGAUUAACACCGGGUGUAGAGAUUUGAACCAACAUUGACGAAAACAGCUACCAACUAAGCGUACAACAAAAGCGAAUAGUCGUUCCGGUUUUUUGAACGAUUUAUUUUUGUAAUAAAAUUUUAGCUUCUAAGGACAAUGACCAAUAAAGUAUAUCUAUAGAUAAU